CAGCAGUUCGCUCGACGACAUCAUGGGUGACCUUAAUGUCUUCGCGUUGUUUGCAAUCGUAGGCUUUUCUAUGGCCGUUUCUAUUCUCAUCACGGUUCCGUUGACUGGGGCCCUUGUGCGAUUGCGCGCGAAUUACAACCCGCGUGGCUUACGCCUGGACCCGGAGGGCAACUUUGAGCCGCACACUGGGCCUGUGGUCACUUCGUUCUUUGGCAUGUUGAAGCGAGUAAAGCGCAUCGAGGGUUGGGGCGGAUUGUACAAGGGGCUCAUGCCCACGUUGUUGUUCAGUCUUGUAUUGUCCGUGUUCGCGGUCACUGUUCUUGACGCAGACAGAGCCAGCACGCCAGGCAGGAUCGACCCUCCGAUUGCCGGGCCGUUCGGCACCUUGGCGUAUGGUCUCCUCUCGAUGCUCUUAUCCCUGCCCGCUGCGGUCAUCACCUAUCGUUCGAUCACCACUCCAUACAAGCUCCCUUACCUCCGUCCAAUGUACUCUAUUCGUAUCCUCCUGACGCCCACGGAGCGCAAGAAGCCAUGGAUGUUGUACAUGACGCCGGGUCUCCUUGCGGCACAGGUGCUCAACGUCGCGUAUACUGCAUUCUUCCUCACUGCAAUCCGAGCUUUCCUGUUGCCCCGCCCUAGUGCUGAUGAGCUCAGCUUGAAUACCGUCAAGUUCGGCAUCUAUCUAUUUAUAGAACUGCUGAGUACAGUGGUGCUGUGCCCUCUGGAAGUUAUCAGUACGAAGCUGGCGAUCCAGCGUAACCACGCUGCGCCGGAAUACAAUUCAGUGGAGCAAGAAGCCGAAGAUGACACUCUGGACGGCGAAGAAUACACGGAGUAUUCCGGCGCUGAAGAGGAUGUCAUUGGGUUGCGUCAUGAAAAGGACCCGUACCUGGGCCUUGUCGACUGCGCGAAGAAGAUUGUUGACGAAGAGGGCUGGAAGGCUUUGUAUCGUGCAUGGUGGAUCACGCUGCUGGCGGCCGUUGCCAGUGCGUUUGCAUGGGUCGCGCCGUACUUUGCGCCGUGAGCGAUGAGGAGCAUGUCAUCUUGGUUGUAUGUGGUUGUUGAUUUUUGUCAGAAAUAUUCGAGCAUCUCAAAGUCCAAUGAAAAACGUGUUUUCUUGCAUAGCUCU